AUGUCAGAGGAAAGAGGAAAGGACUCUCUCUCUCAGAUGAGUCUCUCAGAGAAACACAGUGUAAGAUCAGGCUCACAUGUGUCCAGCUCUGUGUUUUUGAAGAGUGAUCGCUCUAAAGAUGGAGGAGGACCAGACUUCAGUGAGAAAACACCAUCAUCUAAUAAAAGUUACAGGCUUCAAUAUGAGACAUUAGACUCAGACCUUCAGACUCACAGGAACCACGAGAAUUUCAAAGACAAUCUUCUUGGGAUCUUCCAGGAUCUUGAGAGCAAAAUAAUCACAUUUCUGAAGAAUGAGCUGGAGAAGUUAAAGAAAAUAUUACAACAUGAGAACACACAACACUUUGUGAAGGACUUUAAUGAGAACAGAUCCAGUAUCAGAGAAUCAGCUCUUGAUCUCACACUACAUUACCUGAGAGAGAUGAAGCAAGAUGAAGCUGCUGAUGCUCUAGAAGAUGAGCUGUUAUUCAUUCAUCAGCUGAAAUCUGGCCUAAAGAAGAAGUAUCAAUGUGUGUUUGAAGGAAUGGCGAAGCAAGGUGACUCCACACUCCUGAAUAACAUCUACACAGAUCUCUACAUCACUCAGGGUGGCAGUGAACAGGUCAAUACUGAACAUGAGGUGAGACAGAUUGAAGUUGCUUCCAGACGUCAUGAAGCACAAGAGAUACAGGUUGAAUGCACACAUUUGUUUGAAGCGCCUGAACAAGACGAGGAGAUCCGAACUGUACUGACAAAAGGAGUCGCUGGCAUCGGGAAAUCAGUCUCUGUGCAAAAGUUUGUUCUGGACUGGGCUGAAGGAAAAGAAAAUCAAGAUAUCAGCUUCAUAUUUCCUCUUCCAUUCAGAGAGAUGAACUUAAAGGAGAAAGAAAAACUAAGUUUGAUGGACCUUAUAACUCAAUUUUUCCCAGAGACAAAAGGACUGAACCUUACAAGAAGGAAUCAGUUCAAAGUGCUGUUCAUCCUUGAUGGAUUGGACGAAUGUCGCCUUCCUCUGAAGUUUGAUUGUAAUGAGACGUGGCGUGAUGUAUCGUCACAAGCCUCUCUGGAUGUUCUCCUAACGAACCUCAUGAAGAGAAAUCUGCUUCCUUCUGCUCUCGUCUGGAUCACCAGCAGACCAGCAGCUGCCAGUAAGAUUCCUCCUGACUGUAUCGACCGGCUGACAGAGAUACGAGGAUUCAGCGACGCACAAAAGCAAGAGUACUUCAAAAAAAGAUUCAUGGAUGAGAAUCAGGCCAACACAAUCAUAGAUCAUGUUAAACAAUCAAAGAGUCUCUUUAUCAUGUGCCACAUCCCAGUCUUCUGCUGGAUUUCAGCCACUGUUCUCCAGAACAUUCUGGAGGAGAAGAGAAAUAAUGAUGUGAAAAACACUCAGGCUGAUGAGAUCUCUAAAACACUGCAGGAAUCAAACACUGAAGACACUCCCAAGACUCUGACACAAAUGUACACACACUUUCUCCGCUUUCAGAUCCAGCAGAGCCGCCGGAAAUAUGAUGGAGAAUACACACCAGAUGUUUCCUGGGAUAAAGACGCCAUCCUUUCACUGGGGAAACUGGCAUUUCAUCAGCUGGAAAGAAACAACCUGAUCUUCUAUGACACAGACCUGGAAGCCUGUGGUCUUGACGUCUAUAAGGCAUCAGUGUACUCAGGCAUGUGUACCCAGAUCUUUAAGGAGGAAACAGGGAUCGUUCUUGGUACCAUGUACUGCUUUGUUCACUUGAGCAUUCAAGAGUUUAUUGCAGCCCUUUAUGCACAUCUGUUUCUAGACAUCAACAAGACAAGUGUGUUUGAUCAUGAGUCUACAGAACAGGAAAACAGAAAUGAAACCAUGAUUGAUUUUCUCAAGACUGCAGUGGACAAGGCGCUGGAGAGUGACAAUGGACACCUGGACCUUUUCCUUCGCUUCCUCCUCGGUCUGUCACUCCAGUCCAAUCGACGACUCUUACGAGGUCUGUUGACACAGCGAGACGGCACUGACCAGAGCAACAAGGAAAUAGUUCAGUACAUCAAGCAGAAACUAGAAGAUAAUCUUCCUGCAGAGAGAUCCAUCAAUCUGUUCUACUGUCUGAAUGAACUGAACGACCAAACUCUGGUGAACGAGAUUCAGACCCACCUUAGCAAAGGAAGUCUCUCAUCUGGUGACCUUUCACCUGCCCAGUGGUCUGCUUUAGCCUUUGUGUUGUUGACAUCAGAGGAAGAGCUGGAGGAGUUUGAGCUUCAGAAAUUCAAGAAAUCAGACGAGUGUCUCAUUAGAUUAUCGGCAGUCAUUAAAACCUCCAAAACAGCCCUGUAA